AUGGCGCACGCGCUGUUAUGUCUGCCACUGCCAAGUCGCCGCCCGGAACCGGGACGAAAAGGAGAAAGCGAACAAGGUAGCGCAGCUGCUGCCGGAAAUGGCAGAGCGCGAGGUAAAUCUGCGAGGAAAGCAAUCCCAAAGAGCAUGGCACUCUGGAGUGGCAUGGGUCAGGUGGCAAGCAUCGCGCAGCUUGCUGGGGUCGAUGCCUAUGGGCUCAUCUCCAUGAUCGUGGAGGCUGCAAAGACGGAUGAUUGGGGACCUUCUGCAGCAGCUCGAAAGGACACAGCUGAUGCAGCACAUGGAGGCGAGGAACCUAGUGGAGCAGCUGGAGGAGACGGCACACCUAUGUUCUCGUCACAUCCUGUCGCGACAGUAGCUACCUACACAGCUUCUGUAUGGGAGGGAAGCAGGCUGAUUGGCUUCGCGAGGUGCAGAAUGAGAUCACCUUCUACCUCCAACUUUUCCCCCUUGUCAGCUUUGUCAACAACACCCGUACUUGGGAGCAGCUUCUGGGCAGAGCUUGUCCUUUGUGCACAAGGGGUUCUAAUCUGCCAUCUUUUCUUUUACAUCAUCAAGGAAAGUACAGAUGAGUUACAUGCAGCACAUCAUGUGGAACAUGAUGAUAGGCUCAGAUCAGAGGCCAUCAAUGCAACUAAAUUCGAAAAUCUAGGAAGUCAUCCUCCUCUAAAACUUGACAAAGAUCAAACGGAAGGCCAAGUCAUGAAAAUGGGAGGAUUAGUAAAUCUCAUUGGUGGUACAAAAGGAGUAGAGUUAUCAUGUUUUACUUUUUCUCAUAUUUUGGCUGCGACAGACAACUUUUCAGAGAAAAAAUUGGUUGGAAAUGGUGGAUUUGGCUAUGUUUACAAGGGCAAUCUUACUAAUGGUCUUCACGUUGCCAUCAAAAGACUUGAUGCAUCUUCAUUUCAAGGUGGAUAUGAGUUCAGAACCGAAAUUGAUACUAUUCCAAAUCUUCGGAUCUACUUGGAUGAAACAAAAAGGGAGUUGAUAAAUUGGUCCAAACGUCUUGAAAUAAUCAAAGCGAUAGCAGAUGGUCUUGCUUUUCUACAUGGGCAUUCUCAGAUGUGCAUUGUCCACAGGGACAUAAAAGCAAGCAACGUCUUGCUGGACCAUGAAAUGAAUGCUAAGAUUACCGAUUUUGGUCUGGCAUUAAUGUUGGCUCCAAAUACGACUGCGGAGGUGACUGUUGUGGGCACAUACACGUGCAUGGGCAUGAUAAUCCUCUCCAUCAUUAGUGGCUAUGCAGAUCAUGAAUAUGUUGCUACUGGAAACAUCUCGGAGAAAGCAGAUGUAUAUGGCUUUGGUAUAGUACUUUUUGAGAUAAUAAGUGGAAGGCUGAUCCAGUCUUAUAUGAAGGCAGAGGGCGCUCGCGCACAAGUACAACCGAAAGGUGCUGCUCAAGCUUGUUUAUCCAUUGUUGUUGCGUGA